AAUUCCAUGAUGGCCACGAGCUGCUCACAGGCUGCAUUUCACAAGAUAAAAUACAAAAACGAAAUACACAUUUGUUCAUCAAAAUAAAUGAUAAUGUGAACUAAAUAGCGUUUAACAGUGCCCAGUAGUAAUUAGUUUGCAAUAGUCUUAAUCGUUGUAGUUUUGGAAAUUCGUAUGUUUUUAUAAGACAAGUGAGCAGCUUGUAUACCACGCUUGUGUAUAUGUGUGUAUUUGCUUACAUACGUAUGUAUGCGUAUGGCUACAUAUUGGAAUGUCAAACGAAAUUCAAAUAGUGACCAUCCUUGAGCUUUUUUUGUGAUACAAAUCAAAAUAAAGCAUUUAAAGCAUGCAAACGUGAUCAAUGCAACUAAAAUGGACGAGCACAUGCUAAAUGACCUGUUAGAAUGUUCAGUUUGUCUGGAUCGACUCGAUUUUUCAUCGAAGGUGUUGCCCUGCCAGCAUACAUUUUGCCGAAAGUGUUUGGUGGACAUUUUGGCCAGUCAGAAUAAGUUGCGCUGCCCAGAAUGUCGCAUAUUGGUAGAUCAAUCUAUCGAUACGCUUCCGCCAAAUGUAUUGCUAAUGAGAAUUUUAGAAGGCAUGAAACAGAAUGCCUGCAAAAAUGACAAUAAUCGUGAAGAACACCAACAAAUACAGCAACCAAGCAAGGCCAAGGAGACGGCUACUCCACUGGCUCCCACAUAUCAGCCAUCGCAACAACAACCGUCGCAAGCACGCCAAAAGCCCCGCCGUUUUUUACUACCGCACGCCUAUGCCCUUUUUGAUUACACCUCUGGAGAAGCUAAGGAUUUGAAGUUCAAAAAAGGUGAUUUGAUUUUGCUGAGGCAUCGGAUCGACAACAAUUGGUUUAUGGGCCAAGCAAACGGGCAAGAGGGUUCUUUUCCUAUAAACUAUGUGAAGGUGGUCGUGCCAUUGCCCAUGCCGCAGUGCAUAGCCAUGUAUGAUUUUAAAAUGGGUCCCAACGACGAAGAAGGCUGUCUAGAAUUUAAGAAGAGCACUGUAAUUCAUGUUUUACGACGUGUCGAUCAUAAUUGGGCAGAGGGACGUAUUGGACAAACGAUCGGUAUAUUUCCAAUAGCAUUUGUGGAGCUCAACGCCGUAGCAAAAAAGUUGCUCGAAAGUACGCAGCAGCCUCAACCACAAUCGUGCCACCAACAAUUGACGCAUCGUGCUUUACCGCCUGUGCCCUUAAUUGAUCCGACCGUUGAAUCGAAUUCAUCCUCGUCAAACACAAACUCACCCAACGCCACCACUGGCAGCAGCAGUUCAAGCUCCAGUUCUAACUCUACCAACUGUAGUCCGAAUCAUCAACCAUUACCAAAUUCGUGCGGCUCCGUGCGUUAUCGUGACAAGGGAGCAAAGGAAAAACGCCAUUCGCUAAAUGCUUUACUUAACGGGGGCCUUGGUCAGGCGGCUCCACUAAGUCUACUGCAAACAAAUCGCCAUUCUGCAGAAAUACUUAGCUUACCGCAUGAACUAAAUCGCCUAGACCUGACAUCAACAUCCUCGUCGUCCUCAUCCUCGAUGACGACCAUAACGCCUACGUUAGCCAAUCAGCUACCGACAUCUCGGAUACUUAAGACACACGUACAACAGCAGAUGCCCCCUACUCUGCCCUGGGGCUAUUUGGCACUAUUUCCAUAUAAACCGCGUCAGUCUGAUGAGCUGGAGUUAAAAAAGGGCUGUGUUUACAUUGUAACAGAGAGAUGCGUGGACGGUUGGUUCAAGGGAAAAAAUUGGUUGGACAUAACUGGUGUAUUUCCUGGAAACUAUUUGACGCCUUUGCGAGCUCGGGAUCAACAGCAGUUGAUGCAUCAAUGGAAGUAUGUUCCGCCAGCUAUAGAUGUGAAGAACUCGGCUCAGAGUGAGACACAACAACAAUCGUUGGAUGUCCGUCUUAGCAAUGCGUUGCCCACCCAACCACCGGACUUGCCGCCGCGCCAGCAGCAGCCACAGCAGACGAGUGCCAAUGUUUCAACAAGCUGUUCGGUGUGGGCAAAACCAGUGGAGGCCCUCUUCAGUCGAAAGUCUACUGGUGGCGGUACAGAGGCCAAGGUAGAAACAUCAGCGUCUUGUAGCUCUGGAGCCGUGGGCCUAAUGCGUCGUCUAACGCACAUAAAAGCACGGUCCAAGUCGCCAGGGGCGCCACUGCAGCAACCACCUAAGGAAGUGACGCCAUUAGAAUCGACGCACGAAGGGUUGACUAAAAAGGCCACGAAAAUUCAACCAGUCCAUGUUAGAUCCGGCUCAUGCCCCAGUCAACUGCAGCUUAAUGAAGCAACCGCAGCCACAACAAUAGCUCCAUUAGCAGGAACGGCCAAUUCUCCUGGACAAUUUCAACCUCAACAUAUGCCAGCCAACGCUACAGUUUCGUAUGGCUCGCAGCGCGUCAAAAACAGCAAGGAGCGACCGCAUUUAGUUUGUUCACGCCAAUCCCUGGAUGCUGCCACCUUUCGGAAUAUGUACCCUGCUGCGUCACCGCCCCCGCCGGCCACGGCAACGCUCUAUGUCCAACCACAAGUGCAGGCAACUCAGUUGCAUACCAAUAUGAUUAUUUCGCCCAGCCACCGCAAGUCACACAGUCUUGAUGCGGGCCACGUGCUUUCCACCAGCAAUGGCGCCGGAAACGCUAUAACCGAGGCGGCAAUUAAGGCAAGCGCUACCACCAAGUCUACGCACUGUACGCGGGAAAGUCGAUUUCGCUGCAUCGUUCCCUAUCCGCCCAAUAGCGAUAUAGAAUUGGAGCUGCAUGUCGGUGACAUUAUUUACGUGCAGCGGAAGCAGAAAAAUGGUUGGUACAAAGGUACACAUUCAAGAACGCACAAAACUGGAUUAUUCCCAGCCUCGUUUGUAGAACCGGACAUUUAGCAUUGCUUCUAUAUUGUGAAACACCUAAUUUGAUUAUCUAAACUCCUUCAAUCGCCGGUCGAUUUGUGCUUCCAGGACUGCAAUCACUCUUUUCGAAAAAGAAUUUUUUAACGUCACAACCAACGGCUGCCAAAUGAAGAGCUCGCCUUUUUUACGAUUUUUAAAACAAGUAGCAUAGAAUAGCCGUAAGCACUCGAAACAAGUUACUUAAUUUAGAUAGCAAAAAAAAAAACGGAUAUGAAAGUAUUUUAAACGUAGUAUUAAGUCUGUUGCAUAGCGAUAUGAAGAAGUCACUCCUCCACUUUGCUAGCGACCAGAAAACUAACAAUUGUUAAUAAGUGUAAUCAUUUUAUAUGCGUACAGCUUAAUGUACCAAGCUAUUAAAAUAAGAUUUUGAGAAAUAACA